CAGUUGCCGUUGGCGUUCUCUCCCUCCUCCUGAACCUACGUAUGGCCAAACGUGAGACGUAGAGCCUUACUUGUGAAGUGUACUCCACCGAAAGCCGGCUGUUGGUAUUUUUUCAUCGUCAUCUUUCAUUCUUAACUUCAAAUUCUCAGAUAUUCUUUAAAAAAUGGAUUCUGACAAAGCAGCAAUUGUUGAAAACUCUGAAGAGGAUAUUGAAGAAGUUGAAGAGGAAGAGGAAGGAUCUGAUAAAUUGAGCAAAGAGAAACUGCAGGCAGCAGUUCUUCAAAACCCUAAAGUGAUGGCUGCUUUGCAAGCUCGCCUUGACAGCAUGGUUGGAGAUCCAUCUGGUUAUAUUAAGAGUUUGCCUGCUGCAGUCCAGCGGCGUAUCAAGGCUCUUAAAAAUCUUCAACUUGAAACAACCAAAAUUGAAGCAGAAUUUUUUAAGGAAGUGCAUGUUCUUGAGUGCAAGUACCAAGAAAAAUAUCAGUCCUUCUUUGAAAAGCGAGCCAAAAUUACAAGUGGAGAUUAUGAGCCUACUGAUGAAGAAUGUGUCUGGACAUUGGACGAUGACAAAGAAAGUGAGGAGCUUUCUGAAGAUAUGAAGAAUAAGGUCACACUUGAGAAUGACACUAAGGAAGAAGAUAUGAAGGGAGUUCCUGAAUUCUGGUUAACCAUCUUUAAAAAUGUUGAAUUGCUUGCUGACAUGGUUCAAGAUCAUGAUGAGCCCAUCCUGAAACACCUUGUUGAUAUCAAAGUUCGAUAUGUAGAAGAACCUAUGGGCUUUAUUCUUGAUUUUCACUUCACUCCAAAUGAUUACUUUGAGAACACCAUCUUGACAAAGACAUAUGACAUGAAAUGUGUUCCUGAUGAAGAAGAUCCAUUCAGCUUUGAAGGACCUGAAAUCCACAAAUGCAAGGGCACUACAAUUGACUGGAAAAAAGGGAAAAAUGUCACAGUCAAGACCAUUAAAAAGAAGCAGAAGCACAAGUCUAAGGGAAGUGUUCGUACCGUCUCAAAGACUGUCCAGAACGAUUCGUUUUUCAAUUUCUUCAGUCCUCCUGCUGUUACUGACGAUGCUGAUGAAGAAGUUGACGAGGAUACCCGUGCGCUGCUAACGGCUGACUUUGAAAUUGGCCAUUACAUCAGAGAAAGUAUUGUACCGCGUGCAACGCUUUAUUUUACUGGUGAUGCAUUGAUGGAGGAUGAUUUUGAUGAGGAGGAGGAGGAAGAGGAGGGAGAUGAAGAAGGGGAAGAAGGUGAAGAAGAAGACGAGGACCCUGAUUUCGAUCCCCGUAAACAUGCCAAGGCCGUUCGAGGUCAGAAAGGACAAGCAAAUCCGGCGGAAUGCAAGCAACAAUGAGGACGAUUCGAAACUUGAAGAAUUGGUUAUUCACUUUAAUAUAACUUUGCUCUUCAAUGUUAACCUACUGUGUAUUUCCCUUUCCCGAAAUUACAAAACAGUUCCUCAAUACUGUUCUUUAAUCUAAUAAAAUUUCGUCUAAUCAA